GUAAUCACGUGGUCAUUUCGCGCGAAAAGCGACUCCCGGCAGGAAGAAAGAGUUUCAUUACGAGAGGCAGAAAGAGGCACACACGGAACAAUGGCGGAUUCCUCCGAGUCGUACCACAUGGCCACCAGCCCCAGCCGAGCCUCCAGGAGAGGAGACCUGACCUCCAGCCCCGGACGAGACCUGCCCCCCUUCGAGGAUGAGUCAGAGGGGCUGCUGGGAGACGUAACCCUGCAUGGAGAGGAGGAGGAGGACGGGGACGGAGAGGAGCUGAUCGGGGACGGGAUGGAGAGAGAUUACCGAGCCAUCCCGGCGCUGGAUCGGUACGAGGCGGAGGGCUUGGACCUGGACGACGAGGAUCUGUCGGAGCUGUCGCCCGGAGCUCGAGCCGCCGCAGAGGAGGCCAUGAGGAGGAGGGACAGGGAGCAGGGCGUCAGUGGACGGCUGAGGAGGGGACUUCUCUACGGUGAGUAG